AAAGGGUUCAGAAGAGAAGUUUGAUUAGAGAGAGGAACACAUCUUGCAAUGCAGCCAGGAGGAUUUGGAGCACAGUCCAAAUAGUAACUAUUACUCUUCACCCCAGUCACAGGUCCACUGGUUACUGCUGGGUCUGUGGAUUUGUGGGGUAUGCAGAAGACAAGGCUGGACUCACUCACCCUUCAGCUGAGAUCAGAGUUGGUAAGUUGUGUUAAAGGGACAAUGUGGGCAUAUUACAAUGUAUCACAAAGUGUUGGUGUGCCUUGCUGAACUGGUUCAGGGUGUAACUGUAAAAUGUCAGAAUAUUAAUGUUACUAUGCACUGAUUAGGAUAUUUUAUUGAUCCAGUGAGCAGUGAUAAAGAUAGGAUUUGACAUUAAUCCACAGUUGACUUGUGAUUUAAUGCAUGAUUUAUUAAUGGAAUGGGUAAUAUGCUGAUCCAGGCUCAAUGUAAAAAAAAAAAAAAAAAUAUCCAAAUAAAUUCAUUUCCCUGUGUAUUUUAGAAAACAGACAUAAAAGGUUGCAAUUGGGAUUAUUGAAUUCAAUGAUAACCUAACCACAGCAAAUUUCCUUAUAUUUAAUAUCUCUGCUUGUUAUUAUGGGAAGGUCUUUGAUCCUGUACAGUUGUUGCAUUACAGAUGUUUUUCAACUGCAUUUCCCACGAUGCUCAGCCAACAUUUUACUAGCUGAGCUUCACGGGGAAUGUAGUUCACAGAAAUCUGCAGUGCCACAAUGUGAAAUUCACCAACAUCAGGGAGAAGGAUGGCCAUGUUGUGAGUGUGGUGCCGUGUUAGUCCAAGGCAUGUAGUCUAUAGCCCUGCUUGUGGCUGUAAAUGAUGAGAGCUGUAUGCAGUUUAGCCAGAGAUGCAGAUGAAGAUUUAAGCCUCUGUGAUCAGCCGCAGCUUGCCAGGCAGGACAUAAGCAGAGCAAGCACAUGCAUGCCCAGCGUAUACAUCUGUAAUGAUCAAUUUUCACAUCUCCAAACAAUCAGUGGGAUUUUCCCUGCUAAAGAAAAUAGGCGAUUGCAGGGAAUGUGACUGCAUGUAAUGGGGAGAAUGUAGAGGCCAUAUAUAUUGCGAUGGAUAUUCGCUGUGCAUGUACUCUCUAUAUAUCUCUCACUUUUCCUAAUACUGAACCAGUGAGGGCUUCUACGAAACAAGUUGUGUAUAAAGAUUUUGCCUGACCAUCGCCAUUUCAUGUUAAUGUGGUUUUACCCCAUCUGUUUCUAAACAAUUAAUACUAUACCAGACCUUGCACUAAACUCCAAAUUGUAAUAAACUAAAUUCCAAAAGGCAAAACUGAGAUAAUCCGAACUGGGAUUAUAGACGAGUUGGAUCAUUUUUCCACAUCUGCUAUUUUGUCCUUAUUUUUGCCUUUCAAAUUAUAGAUUUGUACAAUUCUGAGAUUUUACAAAUAAAAGCUUUAUUAAAUCCACCAAAUUUGGAAUUACUAAAAUUUUGCUGUCAGAGCAAACUUUUUCUGAUAGUUUCAGCGUCAAUCGCUACACAUAAUUUUUUCCAUUUAUUUCUACCUGUAAGUAGUUGUAUCAAUUGCUCUAAUGACCUCAAACAUUCCAUCUUUGAUUAUGUUAAUCCAUUUAUCUACGACUUUUGUCAGAGCUUUUUAGUAUAGCACCAACCUAUUCUACAGUGUUGUACUUGUCCUCCUCUUUGUAGUCACCCAAUCAUUUUUGCUGAGUCUUCUCCCCUUCUCUGUGCCAACAACCCCAUCCUUUUCUACCCAAACUUCCCUCAUAAACGGCCAGCAUGAAUGUGAUUUUGUAAAACGGUGUUGUUGACGAAGUAGUUAAACAUUAGUGCAGAUAGUAAGAGAGGUUUUAGCAGUGUGAGUGCAUGUUAGAACAGGCAGGAAACGCUGUGCACACUGAAAGAAUGUCUGUUCAGGAGGUGUCAGGGAUUAGGCGGUUUAUAUUCUCGAAUAUUUCAUGAUCUAACAUUAUCUGCUGCUCAGAUAAGUAACAUGGAGACAUCUGUGCAUCUUUUUUUAUCUGGGUCCCAUGCAGGCAUGUUAAUGAAAAGUGUAACAAUGUCCGCUAUACUGUAAGAUUUACAUUAAAAGCAUGUAGUAUAGAUAUGGACGUGUGAAAAUUUUCAUGUCUGCAUCUGUCUACAUGUUCGCACUAAGCUGGGAAUUGUGCAGAACUGACAAGAGAACUGUGAAUUGUUUGGCAAAGAACCAAACUGCAAAAAGACUGCAAAAAGAUCUGAUUUAGUUUUUGCAAACGCGUUAUUUUGCCAUAAAUCUUGCAAUUCCUUUGUCGAUUCACCACAGUUCCAUGUUUAGUAAAAAAAACUAGAGUGUGAUUUAAUUUCAUGACUUCAGACUCAAAGCACAGUAGUCCUCCCUGUGGCCUGUGAUGCUAUUUCUGGACCACAUGUCCCACUAGUUCAAGUCUAAUGACAUGAUGGCUAAAAAUGGAACUUCAAAUGUUUGUAAAAUGCAUUUCCCAUGAUGCCUUGUGUUGGCUAGGCAUCAUGGGAAGUGCCUUUAACAUGCAUCUCUUUACCAUAACCCACUGGCCAUGUAUAACACCUACUAAUCAUGUAAAUUGAUUCUGUAUUGCCAAAUGCUGGUCUCUCCAUGUUAUUUAUUGCCCCAGGGCUAUGUGUAAAUAGGUCUGUGUGCUGUGCAAACACUCCCAUCUCUACUCUAGGAGCUGCAAGGCCAAUAACUCACUUAUCUUGAGGAAUUAGACUGUUAGUUUUUGGUUUGUGGAUGUGAGGUUUAAUCUCCAACAGACAGCAUCCAGGGUUGUCUCUGCAAUAAGCUGACCAAGUCUGGAUAAUAAAAAAUAUUUGUCUCAUCAUAGGUAUAGUGAGGCUUUUUUAAAUCAAUAAAUAGACCUGAGAUGCAGAGUUGUUAAAGUGAUGCAAAGACUAUGGCAACUGAUGGUUGGUCCAGAAUUGUAACUUUAUGCCAGAAUAUACUCCAAUCUGUUUUCCAAAAACUUAGCUACUUUGUCUCUCCCAGUAGGCUCUGCCUCCUCUCUAAACUACUGCAUUUCCGGUAUAAUAUUUAUUUCACAUAUAAAAUGCUUUUGCGUAUCUGAAGGCAUGGGCAGAGGAUGUAUUGUGCCCUAACUUGCACUGAACUGGCAUAAAACCUGGAUAUACAAAAAUAACUUAAUCAUAGUGAGAACACUGCGCCCAGUCAUACUUGUAAUGAGAUUUCCAGCACCUGUGGCAGGAAUUAGGGAUCAGCCCAGUGUGGGGGCGGCAUGUGUCACUGGGGUAAGGGAUGACAGGGAUCUGAGCAACAAAGGAGAGGAAAGCAUUCUGGGGCAGGAGUGGGGACAGGAUAAAAAGAUAGAUAGAUAGAUAGAUAGAUAGUGCAUUAAGAUGUAGGAUCAGAUAGAUAAAGCUAAAUACAAGUAGCAGGAUACAGACAGAUGUACAAUGUGGAAUACACUGGGAAUCUAUACAUUAUAAUGAUAGAUAUAUAAACAGAAUUGUAUUGAUAAGUUGAUCUGGGCACAAAGCUAGCAUUAAUCAUUAGAUUAAAAAGAUGGAUAGAAUUAGCAAAUGAUGGACUAGAUCAAAAGAAUUUGGCUGAGAGACAGAUCAUAUAAUUUCUGUACAUCUCGACACAAUAAAUAGUGUUAAUAUAGUUUUAGAGAGAGAGAGAGAGCAAAAAAUAUUCUAUUGAAAAACCACAGAUGGUCAAAUCCCUAAUAAAUGUUAAAAUUAACCCAUUACAAAUAUAUACAUGGCCACAUACUCCCAAACCCAUUACAACAUUUCUCAUUAAAAAGUAAAAAUAAUGACAUAUACUACAUAUGAAUUUUAGAUGCAGGUUAAGCAGGGAAAUUAAAUACAACUGUUCGCUUGCUUUGCAUUUGUUUAGAGAGGUCAUGCAGGGUUAAUAAAUGCACAAUUACUGAUGUUCUGGAGGAGGGGUGAGGGGACUUAACCCAGGCAGUCGAUGACUGUCGAUGAUGUAUUAUCAUCAUAAAGAAUUAGAAAUGAAUGGUUAAUUGCAUAGAAAGAAACAUUAAAAAUCUUGAUCUUUUAUUUAUAAUUUACUCGCCGCACAUGAUCCUAUAGAUAUAACACUGUGGGGUUUAUUCAUGAAUUGGGAAUUGCAAAUUUUUUACCAAACUGGAAAAAUUCUCAAAUUCAUAUAGUUUUCCAGCCCCUUAUAUAUGGCGUAUAUUUGUCAGGACCUGUGCUGAUAUUGUAUGUGUAAUACAAACAGCCUCUUCUAAUAAGAUUGAGUCAGUCUUUGAACAUUGUCCCUGGUUGACACUAAUUUUGAGACACGUUUCCUGGGAAGAAAAAAAGGCCUGAUCGAGACAGAUGUUGUGCAGAUGGAAGUCAAAAAACAGGCAAAGCAAAUGGUCCAGGGGAGUGUGCAUUAAGAGUGAGGAUGGAGAAACUGGACAGACAGAGGCAGACAGAUUAGUAUUCCUCCCUGGCAGUUGAAUGGUUAACUGGCUCGGGUGUCCGGGUCGCCUGUUCUUAUAGCCUGGGGCUAAGUGUUGUGUGCUUAUUGUGUAGGCUCGUGUGUCUGCUUGCUCCCUGUGGGGAAGGGGGAUGGUUUAAGAAUAUGCAUUUAAAAGCUUCACCUCCUUUCCCUGUGGUUAGGUGGGGAGAGGGGGAUAAGAAAUGCCUGAGGGUAUGUAUUUCUUGGACUACUACCAACCUCCAAUGCUCUCGGGCGUGUGCCAAAAAUCAAGGCACGCUGUUGUUGGCCCAAUCAACCCUUAUUUAAACCAGCUAUGGCAUGCCCUAGCUUCUAGUCUAGACUUCAAGAGAAUUGUACGUUAUUAGCAGAGCAUUCAAUCAAACAAUACCGGGUAAUGAGAAGCCUGGGAGGGGGAAUAGUAUAGAAAACAGGUAGAUGAGGUAAGAUGGCACAGCAACGGCAUCGCUAGAUGGUGUGCCAAAUUAAUGUGCUAUGGGGAACUUCGAAAAAUUGGGCACAGAAUCAACCUUACAACGGUAGCAUAAUAGGGUACAAAGUAAAAUGCUCCACUUAGAACUUGGGGUUACGUAGCAGAAUGGGUAUUUACACAGGACAUUAAAAAUGUGACAGAUCAGAACAAUAUUUUAUUUAUAAGUGUAUUCAUUUUCAUUUACUAUUUAACUCAUAACAAUAUUCGUAUUGUGCAUAGAUUAUUUACGGAACAGUGAGUUGUAGUUGUAUUGCAAAUUUUAGUAUAGAAUUCCUGAGUUUCGCUUAAAAUGCAUAUUACUAAUUUCAGUUCCACACAAUAUCCAGCUUGGUGAAAUAUCCUCUUAAACACUGUUUGCUAGGUCUCACUGCAGGUUAUCGCAGGUUAAUAAAGCACUCAAAGUAAUUGAUUUUUUAAUGAAUUUAUAUACACCGUCCUCUUACAUAUUCUCACUUUCUCUUUCCAGCUGUACAUGAAGGAGUCUGGUUCCUCUCUCACUGCACAGAUGGAGUGUAUGUUUCGUGUCCUCCAGGACUUAAAGCGUUCUUCACCACCUUCACCUGUGGAUAAAGAGGAGACACCGGUGCCGCCUCUUCGCAGAGUUCUCAAACGAGAUCACCGUCCUGGUCACCGAACAUCUGACUUAUCUGAAGCAGACUCUGCAUGUUGUAUGGAUCUCCCAAGUGAAACAUCUCCAGUGACUUGUGGGCAACGGGGACUGGAAUGGGACUCAGGAUAUUCUGAAGUGUCUGGGGGCUCUUUGCGGGGAGAGGAAGAGGAGGAGGAAGAAGAAGAAGGAGAGAAGAUUCCUGCUCCUCCUGUACUGCGACGGAAUCUUCUUCCCCCUUGUCAGCGCCUCUCCUCUGCUGGACCUCUCCGUCCAAGCCAAGGGAGGGUACGGCCUAAGUCCACAUCAGAUGUUUGCUUAGAACAAUGGGGGGGUAUCGGAAUGGGAGUUGGUUCUCAGGACUGGACAGGAUGUCUUCUUUCCCAGUGCCGAAGUCGCCAACCAUUGGUUUUAGGGGACAAUAGCUUUGCAGACUUGGUCAAGCAAUGGAUGGACUUGCCAGAAAAAGGGGAGGAAGAUGAAAGACGGGCCAGAGAUGCUAGUAAAUGGUUAAACAAGCCCCAUGGUUUCCUAGUCAGCUUGUCUGGUAAUGUGAAAAGGCGGCUUGGCAAUAUAUCCAGAACUCGAGGACGCCCGGAACAAGAAAGUGUCAAAAGACUAUCUUGUCCCCAGUUGGGCUGCCGGCCACUCUCUUUGUACUAUCACCAGUCUCUUUCAGAUAUUGCAGAGGCAUCUACGGGCCUAUUACACUGCCGCAGCAGGCAGCCAAUCAUAUGCAGCGACAAUUCAAGAUUUCUAUAGUACUCAGCUUUAUAUGGACACUGCACUCAUGGUAUGUGUAUAUUUAAAUAUAUACAUAUGUUAUUAUAUAUGAAAUAUAUACAUAUGCAUAUAUAAAAUAAACCUAAGAAGCAU